AUGAAUUCCAGAUCACGACGUCCUCGAGAACGCUCUCCGUCCUUUGAAGAGGUUCGAGAGAAAAGAAGAGAAUCCUCUCAGUACGACAAUGAGAGGCGACGGCGCAGAAGAAGAAGCCCUGCUAGCUCUGAAGAGGACAUUCCAAGAAGAAAGGUCCACAACGACCCCAGCGACCAAGAGUCAGAUCCGGACUAUCCUCCUCCACCGCCACCGGAGCCUGAAAAUGAUGCCAACAUAAGGUAUCGGCCAAUGGCCCCAUUCAGUUGGAGAAAUGAGAUUUGUCGCUUCUUGGAUGUUUCGCCUGAUGCCCUGGAUGAUGAAGUUUUCCAGGCCAUGACCAAAGCGUCUAUAAUCCUAAAGGAAGCUGAGCAGAUGAAGGCCAAGUACGAAGCCGGCCGAGGACCUCCCCGCUAUGAAAUUAUCCACUCAGUCCGAUGCGAACAGUCCAGAACCGAAGGUAGACUCUAUCUGGACCAACCCUGGGUUGUAGAGACUGGCCCCAACGAUGCUCACUUACGGGGAAGCCAACCCAUCCUAAACUUUGAGCUAUUUCUCGAACGAAACAAAGAAAUUGUCUUUGUAAUUUAUAAAGAUUACAGAUGUUGUGGAAGACAGCACAAUAGUCGCUCCAGAGCCCACACUGAACCAGAUGGUCAAGUCGACGCAUCUUCACUGUUGACCGCAGAACAUAUAUCUAUUAUAUCGCCCGAUCUCAGCUCAGCUAUGGAAGAGUUUUCAGACAUUGCGCUGGGAGACUUUCCUCACACUGAUUUUCGAGGCGGCGAGGAAAUGCGCCAUCCGUAUAUCUGGUGGUUCCAUCGUCGGAAAGAGAUUGACGAAGCUCUUGAGAAGUAUAAGUCAUCACCAUGGUUGCCUAUGGUUUAUUUAUUCCGCGAAUAUAUCCUUGGUCGCAUGACAGAAGAAUGGGAAACAGUGGAUGGGUUGCUUGCCCGGAAAAGGAUAUGUCUCAAGUAUAUGGAUUAUCUCUUUGCAACAAAAGUCAAUGUGACUUUCUGGACCUUCAAUGGCACAUUUCGGAAAGCAUCAAAGGAGUGUUCCAUCAAGGACAUCACACCCACACCUGUCGAUGAGAUGGACGAAUUCAACAUCACAGACUUGCCGCUUUACCCUAUUGAGUAUGCCAGUAGUGAGAUUGCCGAUGCACUUCAUCGGUUCUCGGUUCAUGGUAGAUAUCGCAACACACAAGAAGUUGCAUCGCGAUGCUACCACGCGCUCCCAGCGACAGGAUUCUCCAGGGAAAAGGCAACGGUCUUUUUAUUCUUCUCCAUGGGUGGGUUUAUACUAAUCGUUCGCCUCGACGUAACUGACAGUAGUGUAGUGGUCCCGGUACAGGAAAAACGCUCACUGCUGAAAGGUACCAAGGCUGAAGAUGUCGAACGGUAUCUUAACGUUGUUCUCCAUCUUGGAAAAACAUGGGGUUGCGGCAUUCUAAUUCUCACGAGCAACCGUGUGGGCAUUUUCGACGAGGCUUUCAAGUCCCGAAUCCAGCUCAAUCUCCGAUACAAAACACUCGAUCGAGCCCAAAGAAAGCAGAUCUGGAAAAACUUCUUCAUCCGCCUUAGACGCCUCGAGCAGGAAAAUGGGACAACGGGAGGAUCGUAUGGAGCAAACGUGGAUGAGAUGAUGGGCAAGCUUGAUGAUCUGGCUGAAGCUAACCUGAACGGUCGCCAGAUUCGAAAUGCUGUGUCUACAGCGAGACAGUUGGCUAGAUAUCAGAAAGAGCCAUUGUCGUAUAAGCACCUGACAGCUGUGAUCGACGAAGCAAAGAAGUUUGACGAGUAUUUGUUGGAAUUGAAUAGGUCGUAUACGGCGGAUGAGAUUCAGAGGGACAAAGGAGAGCGUUAA